AAACAGAUUGUUUACUGCUCGAUCAUGGGAGUGGUGAUGCUUGCUGCCUUGCUCGAAUGGUUUCUCUGGUUGGCAGCAUUCCUGUACUGCCUGAUUAAGGUCUUCCAGAAGGCCGAGAGAUGGCACAUCCGGGUUCUUGCAGUGAUCAUGAUGGUGCUGUUCUCAGCGCUCCGUUGCAUUUUUGCGCCGAUAAUGGUGGUGACGCUGCCCCUUCCCUCCAGGAUCACUCAACAUUUCCCCAAUGAAAUGGUCGGCUUCCUUCAGUGGUUUGCAUUCUGGUCGUUCGCGAUCCUACUCACGGUUCCCUGGCUGUUUUGUGUGUACCAACUCAUCACCAAUAAUAUCGGAAGAACGCGUCGCAUCAAAACAGUACUGGACGAAGCCACGGCUCCUAAGGUUGUGGUCGUGAUGCCUGUUUACAACGAACAUCCGGACAUUCUAUUGACGGCGGUUGAUUCGAUUGUUGACGGAGAAUACCCUCCUUCCUGCCUCCACAUUUUCCUCUCUUUCGACGGAGCAGACGAGAAUGAACUUUACUUGCGUACCAUCGAGACCCUAGGCGUCCCACUGUCUUUGGAGAGCUACCCGUCGAGUCUGGAUGUCACAUACCGAGGGAUGCGCAUCACCGUAUCGCGGUUCCAGCACGGUGGAAAGCGACACUGUCAGAAGAAGACUUUCAAGUUGAUCGACAAGGUGUACACCGAGUACGUGAAGAGAAACGACAACCUUUUUAUUCUGUUCAUCGACUCGGAUUGUAUCCUCGACAAAGUGUGCAUCCAGAACUUUGUCUACGAGAUGGAACUCAAGCCGGGCAGUAAGAAGAACAUGCUUGCCAUGACUGGAGUAAUCACGUCUACUGCCAAGAAACAGACUUUGAUUACUCUUCUUCAAGACAUGGAAUACAUACACGGUCAACUUUUCGAGCGAUCCGUAGAAUCGGCUUGUGGCGCAGUUACUUGUCUUCCCGGUGCCCUUACGAUUUUACGAUUCUCGGCAUUCCGGAAGAUGGCCAAAUACUAUUUUGCAGACAAGGCCGAACAGUGUGACGAUCUCUUCGACUACGGAAAGUGCCAUCUCGGGGAGGAUCGUUGGUUGACACAUCUGUUCAUGAUCGGUGCAAGCGAGCGAUAUCAGAUUCAGAUGUGCACAGGAGCAUUUUGCAAAACGGAGGCAGUGCUGAGCUUCAGGAGUUUGCUGAAGCAGCGACGCAGGUGGUUCCUGGGUUUCAUCACUAACGAGGUGUGUAUGUUAACGGACAUCCGAUUGUGGAGACGUUAUCCCAUCCUCUGUGUGGUGCGAUUCAUGCAGAACACCAUCCGUACCACUGCGCUGCUGUUCUUCAUCAUGGUUCUGUCACUCAUCACUACUACUCAACGAAUCCAACAACUCCCCGUCGGCUUCAUUGCGGUGUCACUCGGUCUCAACUGGGCUCUAAUGUUUUACUUCGGCCUCCGACUGAAGCGCUUCAAGGCUUGGCUGUAUCCGCUGAUGUUCGUGGUAAACCCUUUCUUCAACUGGGUCUACAUGGUCUACGGAAUUUUCACCGCUGGUCAGCGAACGUGGGGUGGCCCACGCGCCGACGCCGGUACCGCGGACGCCGAAACCACUCCGCAAGAGGCAAUCGAAAAGGCAGAGCAACAGGGCGAUGAUUUGCAGGUUGUGCCGGAAACCUUCAGGCCAGCAAUCGAGGCGCAGAGAGAGGCGAAUGGGGUGCUUCGGCAUCGGUACCCCGAUGGCAGAGUUGCCGAAGCGGAGAAGUUCCAGGGCACAUAUUACACUCAUCCGAACGAUUCUAUGGGUACACUCCCAGAUCAACUCGCCCGGAAUCCCAAUGCACCUCACAUCCCGCUUCACCCCAGAGCAUCCUUCGACUCCUUCGUGUCCGGUAUCAGCACUUCGAACGGGGGGUCGGUUUACUUCCCACGCCGUGUGGAGAGUAUCAUGGGAGAAGAAGACCGUCGCAAGUACCACGUUGCUCAAGCGAAUCAGAGAGAAGCCGGUGGCGCCUACAUGGUUGAGCAUCGAUCCACGCCGAGUGACUCCUCCGAUGACGAGAUCUACGGUUACAAGGUGCAGGCAAACGCAUCCACAACUUCGGUUGAUAGCAACUAUGGGUACAUGGUUGCGGGCGCUAGUCCGUAUACCAGCACCCAACCUAGCCGUUCCGGCUCACCCAACGGUCGAGUGUCGCCUCCAACUAGUACCUCACCCAGCGGGGGAAACACACACCUUGCACUGCCGGAGCCAGCGCACCGUUCGUCGCGACCGACUGUUCCCACACGCAGUCCACUGGCUAGGCUGAGUCUCGUCAGGACGUCAGGAAUGGAGGACGAUGACGAGGAGUCCGAAGUCGCAACAGCUUCGGCGGAAGCCACGACGCCUCCUUCGCAGUCUCCUACCGGGGCCGAUGCUGUGGGAGAUACUGCGGGAGAAUCCGAUGAGAGGGAGGGUCGCCCGAAGACUAGGAAGAAGCUUCAAAAGAAAUCGCGGUAGAUGCGGUCCGUUCCGACACCCUCCAUUAAUGCAGAGCAGCACCUGGUUAGGGACUGGAUCAUUGGGCUUCCGCUAUAUGGGUGUUUUUUUAUUUGAAAGUUUCUGUUAGAAUCCGGCAUACAUGG